GUCAUGACUGUCCAAGAUAUGAUAAUCACAUGAGAAUGCUCCUUGCUGCAGAUGUCAUUUGACUCAUCAGAAACACUUGUUUCAAAGAGAAAACCCAUAUGACCAGAUCCGUUUCUUUAUUGGAUGGCUUGAUGGAUUUCCUUUACUUGAUUAUAUACCAAAGCUGUCCUCAACCAAAGCAAGAAAGGAUCCUGCAUGAGUCAAUCCCAGAAUGCUAUUUGUACAUCACUAACAGGUGAAGAAAACCUCAUGAAUAUCAAUCACAGAGACUCAGAGAGCAUCACUGAUGUCUGCUCCAAUGAGGAUCUCCCUGAAGUUGAGCUGGUGAGUCUGCUAGAGGAACAGCUACCCCAGUAUAAGCUAAGAGUGGACUCUCUCUUUCUGUAUGAAAACCAAGACUGGACUCAGUCCCCGCACCAGCACCAACAUGCAGCUGAUGCUCUCUCUCCAGUCCUUGCUGAAGAGACUUUCCGUUAUAUGAUUCUAGGCACAGACAGGGUGGAGCAGAUGACCAAAACUUACAGUGACAUCGACAUGGUUACACAUCUCCUGGCUGAGAGGGAUCGUGAUCUGGAGCUGGCAGCUCGAAUUGGACAAGCUCUCUUAAAGAGGAACCAUGUCUUAUCUGAGCAGAAUGAAGCCCUGGAGGAGCAACUGGGACAAGCUUUUGAUCAAGUUAAUCAGCUGCAGCAUGAGCUAUCCAAGAAAGAGGAGUUACUUCGAAUUGUCUCCAUUGCUUCUGAAGAGAGUGAAACGGAUUCCAGCUGUUCUACACCUCUUCGGUUCAAUGAGUCCUUUAGCUUGUCUCAAGGCCUGCUGCAGUUGGACAUGCUGCAAGAAAAACUCAAGGAACUGGAAGAAGAGAACAUGGCUCUUCGAUCCAAGGCUUGUGACAUAAAGACAGAAACUAUUACCUAUGAAGAGAAGGAACAACAGCUUGUUAAUGACUGUGUUAAAGAACUUCGUGAAACAAAUGCUCAGAUGUCCAGAAUGACUGAGGAAUUGUCAGGGAAGAGUGAUGAAUUGAUUCGAUACCAAGAAGAGAUCUCCUCACUCCUGUCUCAGAUUGUAGAUCUUCAGUACAAACUUAAAGAACAUGUGAUUGAGAAGGAAGAACUAAGACUUCAUCUGCAAGCUUCCAAGGAUGCUCAAAGACAACUAACAAUGGAGCUGCAUGAGUUACAGGAUAGGAAUAUUGAAUGUCUGGGAAUGCUACAUGAAUCCCAAGAAGAAAUCAAGGAACUCCGUAGUAGAUCUAGCCCUGCUGCACAUCUCUAUUUCUCUCAGUCAUAUGGAGAUUUUUCUGGGGAAUCUCUGGCAGCUGAGAUUGAGGGGACCAUGCGUAAGAAGUUGAGUUUGGAUGAGGAGUCUUGUCUCUUUAAACAUAAAGCCCAACAGAAACGGGUAUUUGAUACCGUCAAGGUUGCCAAUGACACACAAGGACGUUCUUUUGCGUUCCCAGCUCUACUAUCCAUCCCAGGCUCCAACCGGUCAAGCGUCAUCAUGACAGCCAAACCUUUUGAGUCAGGUUUACAGCUAACAGAAGUCAAAACACUUCUGAACCAGGGCAGCAUCUCAGAGGAGGUUCCUAGGAACUCUCAGGAGAUGAGUCAGCCAGGACCCUCCGGAGAUAGUGAUUUGGCUACAGCACUGCAUCGCCUUAGUCUGCGUCGACAAAACUAUUUAAGUGAGAAGCAGUUCUUUGCUCAAGAAUGGGAGCGGAAGAUCCAGGUUCUGGCUGACCAGAAGCAAGGUGUUAGUGGCUGUGGCUCCCCAGCAGAAAGCCUUGCUACUCUCUGCACCGACCAGUCAGAGAUAACAGACCUCAGUAGUGCCAGUUGCCUUCGAGGUUUUAUGCCAGAAAAAUUACAAAUUGUCAAGCCUCUUGAAGGGUCACAAACUCUACAUCAUUGGCAGCAGCUUGCACAACCAAACUUGGGAAGCAUUCUUGACCCACGACCAGGUGUCAUCACUAAAGGCUUCACGCAGUUGCUGAAUGAUGCUGUCUUUCACCUCUCUGAUUUGGAAGAGGAUGAAGAGGAAGGUAUCACUUUCCUGGUUCAGCAACCUCUUCAAGUGGAACAGGACCCUUCAAUGUCCAAGCCAGUAACAGGGAUCUUCCUUCCGCCCAUUACUUCAGCAGUUGGGCUGGUUACAGUUGCAGCCUCAAACCCAGGAAAGUGUCUGUCAUGCACAAAUUCGACAUUUACCUUCACCACCUGUAGGAUAUUGCAUCCUUCUGACAUCACUCAGGUCACCCCCAGUUCUGCAUUUCCGUCAUUAUCCUGCGGAAGUAGUGGAAGCAGUUCAUCAAGCACCACGGUGAAUUCUCCUGCCGUGUCCUACAGACUCAGUAUUGGUGAAUCCAUCACCAACCGACGAGAUUCUACAGUCACCCUCAGUAGCACCAUGAGCUUGGCCAAACUUCUACAGGAGCGAGGCAUCUCUGCUAAAGUAUACCACAGCCCAGUGUCAGACACCCCUAUCCUCCAGCCUCCCCCCAAAACCCUGGCUAUUCCUUCCACUCCACCAAAUUCACCUUCUCACUCACCUUGUUCUUCUCCGUUACCUUUUGAACCUCGACCACAUGUCUCUGAAAAUUUUUUGGCCUCCCGCCCAGCUGAAACAUUCCUCCAGGAGAUGUAUGGCUUGAGACCUUCCCGGCACCCUCCUGAUAUUGGCCAAUUGAAGAUGAAUUUAGUGGACAGGCUGAAGAGACUGGGGAUUGCCAGGGUGAUCAAGACCCCUGAUGCCCAAGAGAAUGGAAGACACCAAGAGGCAGAAAUUGGUCUUCAAAAACCAAACUCUGCUGUUUAUUUAAAUUCAGGUAGCAAUUUAUUAGGUGGACUGAGGAGGAAUCAGAGUCUUCCAGUCAUGAUGGCUAGCUUUGGAACCCCAGUUUGUACAUCAUCACCCAAAAUGAGUAUCCUGAAGGAGGACUGAGGCUCAGCCGUUAACUGAGCUCUUGUACAAAUUAGCACAUGAAGGAUAGCCAUGCACUGACACAUGUGAUCUGGUCUGACUUGAGAGUAAAGGAAUGUUGUCGAAGGGUUGUGAAUGUGGCAAGGGGGAGGCAGAGGGAUGGAAUCAGAAUUGAGAUGAGGCCUUAAUGGACCUGGGCUGGUAAAUUCAACUUAUAAAUGAAAGGACCGUGAGUGAGUGUUUAGAGACAGUGAAGAAAGAAGAGGUUAAUAAACUCCUUUCGUUAGAUUUUCUUGUCUCGAAAAUAAAAAGCGAAUAAAAAAAUAAAUUCAGUAAUAUUGUAACCUACCUGAAACCCUGAACCUGCUAGCACAUUUCCUUCAGGUAAGCAUGAAUAGGGAGAAGCCCGCUUAGAGACUUGAUGAGAGAAAAGGAGCAGUUGUUACUGUUGUGUAAAGAAAGCCAAUCAGAAGGAUGAUGGGGUGAGCUCAGUCUGUUAGUGAGACAGUAGUGAGAUGGCUUAUAUGUUUUCCCCUGAUAAUGUCUGGUUAAAUUAGGUAGCUGUCAAGUGGUGUGUUCACAGCAUUAGUAAAGCCAGGAAUUUUUAUCUCUUUGCAUAAGACCCGAAGUGGAGACUCCCUUUUUCCUCUGUUUUCAGGUCUUUGAGCCAGUGGGAGCACAAAUAUCACUCAAAUUCCUUUUGUAUUUACAAUUAAUGAAGAUAUCUAGCUGUUGGUUUUUUUAAAUUUGUAUUUUUAUACUAC